AUGGAUAAAAAGAAAAGAAGUGGUAAUAUAACCGAAGAGCAAAAAUCUUUGCUCAUUGAAUUUAUGAAAGUUCAUCCACAAUUAGUAUCGGGAAAGUUUUCUAAAACUUUUAUAUACGAUAAUGCUGCAAAGUUAUGGCAAGACGUGACUGAAAUUUUGAAUGCUUGCAACAGAGCCGAGAAAAAUUGGAAAUUAUGGCGCAAGUGCUGGCAAGAUUAUCGCUCUCGCAGUAAAACGAAGCAAGCAGAAAUAAAUACGGAACGACAUAAAACUGGAGGUGGGACACAAUAUAGUGCAGUUCUUACACCAAGUGAAGAACAAGUAUUAGAAUUAAUUCCAUCGUCAUUAAGUAAGGGCCAUACAGAUGUUUUGGAGUCAUGUACAGACAUGAUUUUUGGCGUAGAGGAUGAGUUGAAUGACUCGUCAUUGUCUGGAACAGAAGAAAUAGAAUUCCUUGAUGACGACUAUAAUGCCAUUCAAGCUUAUGAAGCUACACAGGCUACUUCUGCUACACAGGCAACCACCGAAAAAUUAAAUAUUAAUUAUAAGAAUGAGAAUUUCGAAAAUUACGAUCCAUCUUUGCUUACAAAGUCAAAACAUUCAUCUUCAAGGCAAAAGAUAAAAGUAGUAAAAGAUUCCACACAUAUUAUAGCCAAAGCUGCAGAAAACACAUAUCUUUUAAAGAAAAAAUAUUACGAAGAGGUCUUACGAUGUAAAAAAAGGAUGGCCAAAGCUCACGAACGAAUGGCAACAGUUGCAGAGAAAUGUGCAACAGAUAACUGCAAAAUAAUGUGA